AUGAAUGCCUCAACCAAACAGCUGGGGAUUAAGAAGGUGUGCAAAGACCAUCAAGCUAAAUUGGUUUGUCUCUUGGAAACUAAAGUUAGGUUGGAGAACUGUGCUGCCAUUUUUGAUAAUUUUAUUUCAGAUUGGAAAUAUGUGCAUAAUGGGGAGAUUGAUAAUACUAUUCGGAUUUGGUUGGGUUGGGAUCCUAAUUUCUUUAAUGUUGAAGAAAUUCAAAAAUCUAAGCAGUUUAUUCAUGUUAAGGUGUUGGUUGUGGGUACCUCAAACCCUUUUCUGUGCACUGUAGUGUAUGCUCUAAAUACUAUGGCAGGCCGGAAGGAUUUGUGGGAAGAUGUGGGGAGUAUUGCUGGUGCUGUUACUACCCCUUGGACUGUUUUAGGGGACUUCAAUUGGAAAGGGGAAGCUAUGACAUGGAAUAACAGACAAAGUGGCGAUGCUAGGAUCUGCUGUAAGCUUGAUAGAGUGUUGGUCAACUUGGCUUGGGUGGAUUUUUUUAGAUCUUCAGAGGCUACUUUUUACCCUCCGGGUCUCUCUGACCACUCUCUAGUAGUGCUGGCUGUGUUAGAGGAGGCUAAUUUCGGACCUAAACCUUUUAGGUUUUUUGAGGCUUGGAUUGGCAAGGAUGGUUAUGAUGAGAUGGUUCGGGAGGGCUGGGAGCAGCCAGCUGCAGAGGCUGAAUUGUUCCAAAUUCAAUGCAAUCUUGGUGAUCACCCUGAUAACCAGAAUCUGGUUCUUUUGGAGUCUCAAGCUAAGGUGAAGUUAUGGGAAGCUUUGGCCAUUGAAGAAAAAUUCUUGAGGGAGAAAUCAAGGGUGAAGCAUAUUCAGCUGGGGGGUGGGAAUAAUAGCUUCUUUCACAAGUCCAUGAUCUGCAGGCAGAAUAGGAAGCAUAUUUUGGAAAUUCAAGGGGAAGGAGGUGACAUGGUUAAGGUGGUAAGUGAUUCCCAGUCAGCUUUUAUCAAGGGGAGGUCUAUUGUGGACAACAUCCUUGUCUGUCAUGAUGUGGUUCGAGGUAUAGAGCGAAAAGGAUCUAGCCCAACAGAGCAUCUUGAAGAUUGA